AUGGGACCCCAGGCCAGGGCGGUCUUUUCUCUGCUUUUCCUGCUGCAGGUCCUGGCUGAGCCGGCUGAGAACCCAGACUUCCACCUGGCUGGGGAUUACCUCCUGGGUGGCCUCUUCACCCUCCACGCCAACGUAAAGGGCAUUGUUCACCUCAACUUCCUGCAGGUGCCCAAGUGUAAGGAGUAUGAAACCAAGGUGCUGGGCUACAACAUCCUGCAGGCCAUGCGCUUUGCGGUGGAGGAGAUCAACAACCACAGCAGCCUGCUGCCCGGCGUGCGGCUGGGCUAUGAGAUGGUAGACGUCUGCUACAUCUCCAACAACGUCCAGCCUGUGCUCUACUUCCUAUCACAGAAGGACUAUUUCCUGCCCAUCCAGGAAGACUACAGCCACUAUGUGCCCCGUGUGGUGGCCAUCAUUGGCCCUGAUAACUCUGAGUCCACCAUGACUGUGGCCCACUUCCUCUCCCUCUUUCUCCUGCCACAGAUCACCUACAGCGCCAUCAGCGACGAGCUGCGCGACAAGCUGCUCUUCCCAGCGGUGCUGCGCACAGUGCCAGGUGCCGACCACCAGAUCGAGGCCAUGGUGCAGCUAAUGCUGCACUUCCGCUGGAACUGGAUCAUCGUGUUGAUAAGCAGCGACGACUACGGCCGUGAAAACAGCCAGCUGCUCAGACAGCGCCUGGCCAGCAACGACAUCUGCAUCGCUUUCCAAGAGGCGCUGCCCACGCCGCAGCCCAGCCAAGUGGUGACGCCUCAGGAGCGCAAGCGCCUGGAGGCCAUCGUGGACAAGCUGCAGCAGAGCUCAGCCCGGGUCGUGGUUGUGUUCUCGCCAGACCUGGUCCUGUCCAACUUCUUCCAGGAGGUGCUGCGCCGGAACUUCACCGGCGUCGUGUGGAUCGCCUCCGAGUCCUGGGCCAUCAACCCGGUCCUGUACAACCUCACCGAGCUGCGCCACACGGGCACCUUCCUGGGUAUCACCACCCAGAGCGUGCCCAUCCCGGGCUUCAGCGAGUUCCGCAUGCGCCGCACCCAGGCCAGGCCACCUGCGUCCAACAGAACCAGCCUGGAGGCCACCUGCAACCAGGAGUGUGACACCUGCGCACACACCACCGCGUCCUUCAACACCAUCCUCACGCUCUCCGGCGAGCGCGUGGUCUACAACGUGUAUUCGGCUGUCUAUGCGGUGGCGCACGCAUUGCACAGCCUCCUGGGCUGCAGCCAGACCAACUGCCGCAAGAGAGUGGUCUAUCCCUGGCGGCUACUUCAGGAGAUCAAGAAGGUCAACUUCACCCUCCUGGGCCACCGCGUCUUCUUUAACCAGGAAGGGGACCUGCCCAUGCCCCUGGAGGUCGUCCAGUGGCAAUGGGACCUGAGCCAGAACCCGUUCCAGAGCGUUGCCUUCUACUACCCCACAGAGCGGCAGCUGAAGGGCAUCCGCAAAGUCUCCUGGCACACCCCCAAUGACACGAUCCCCGUGUCCACGUGUUCCAAGGACUGUCAGCCUGGGCAGAAGAAGAAGGCCGUGGGCAUCCACCCCUGCUGCUUUGAGUGUCUUGACUGCCUUCCUGGCACCUUCCUCAAUGCAACAGCAGAUGAAUUUGAGUGCCAGCCCUGCCCAAGUGACAAGUGGUCCCACAGAAAAGACACCUCCUGCUUCAAGCGGCAACUGGCCUUCCUCAAAUGGCAGGAGGUACCCACCAUCCUUGUGACCAUCCUGGCCGCCCUGGGCUUCCUCAGCAUCCUGGCCAUCCUGGUCAUCUUUGGGAGACACUUCCAGACGCCCAUAGUUCGUUCAGCCGGGGGUCCCAUGUGUUUCCUGAUGCUGGCGCCGCUGCUGGUGGCAUACAUGAUGGUCCCAGUGUACGUAGGGCCACCCACGGUCGCCACGUGCCUCUGCCGCCAGACCCUCUUCACCCUCUGCUUCACCGUCUGCAUCUCUUGCAUCGCCGUGCGCUCUUUCCAAAUCAUCUGCAUCUUUAAGAUGGCCUCCCGCUUCCCACGUGCCUACGCCUACUGGGUCCGCUACCACGGGUCCUACGUGUUUGUGGCGCUCAUGGCAGCGCUCAAGGUGGUCAUCGUGGCAGUCAGCCUGCUGGUCACCAACACCAGCCCUACCGCCCACGUGGACCCCGACGACCCCAAGAUCAUGAUCCUCUCCUGCAACCCCAACUACCACAAGGGGAUGCUGUUCAACACCAGCCUGGACCUGCUCCUGUCCAUGAUGGCCUUCAGCUUUGCCUACAUGGGCAAGGGGCUGCCCACCAACUACAACGAGGCCAAGUUCAUCACCUUCUGCAUGACCUUCUACUUCAUCUCCUCCGUCUCCCUCUGCACCUUCAUGUCCGUCUACGAAGGGGUGCUGGUCAGCAUCCUGGACCUCUUGGUCAUUGUGCUCAACCUCCUGGGCAUCAGCCUGGGCUACUUUGGGCCCAAGUGCUACAUGAUUCUCUUCCACCCGGAGCGUAACACGCCAGCCUACUUCAACAGCGUGAUCCAGGGCUAUACCAUGGGGAGGGACUAG